AUUGCAGGUAAUCUGAUCUUAUUAAGUUAAGUGCUACAGUUAGCAAAAUCAUGAAGUUUCACAUUUUGAUUACAGAAAUUUCAUGUGGGCUUUACUUUACCGAGUGAAAUAUAGCUCUUGGGUGCUUAGGAUCUAACCCAAGUCCAAGUCUUUGGGUCAUUUUUGGUUCUUCAACCUACUCAUUGACUGGAUUUGGCUGGAUUUCGUAACUUUCCCAGUAUUUCUUUGCAUUGAGAGGACUUGAUUAGCUGCAUUUUCAAGGCUUUGCUAGAUUUAAGAUCUUUUGAGCUUCUUCCAAAUUCAUUCAAGAUUAAGAAAGAGGAAAAGGGAAUUAUCUUUUUUUGUUAGUUAGCCGUAGUUUGUUUUUCCGGAAAUAUCUGGACCCAAAUGAUGGGAGCAAAAUCCAGUAAAAACAAGGGUGUUGAUGGCCAAACACAAUCAUCAUCACCACCACCACCACCACCACCACAAUCCCUUGAAACCAAUACCAAUUCCCAAGACACAGCCGAUUUGAGCUCGUACGAGGCAGCCUGUAAACAUGACCCGGCCUUAUUAUCAUUUGAUGCCACUCUCCGACAGCGCACUAGCCGUGUCAUCACCUCACUUUCCACUGGACUCGAAGUUCGGUCCCUAUCUCUUGACUCACUCAAAGAGGUUACUGAUUGCUUGCUUGACAUGAACCAGGAAGUGGUCAAAGUCAUUCUAGAAUGCAAGAAGGAUAUAUGGAACAGUAAAGAAAUGUUCUCUCUUGUGGAGGAAUACUUUGAAAACAGUCUUCAAACAUUGGACUUCUGUACUGCCCUUGAGCAAUGUCUCAAGCGCGCUCUGAAUAACCAGCUGAUAAUUCAAGCUGCAGUUAGACAGUUUCAGGAAGAAGUAGAAGCUGGAGCUGAAGGGAAAAGGUGUGAGAGGACCUUACAAGAACUGAGGGCAUUUAAGGCAGCUGGGGACCCUUUCACGGAUGAAUUCUUUAUACUGUUUCAGUCAGUUUAUAAGCAACAGGCAUCGAUGUUUGAGAAACUGCAACUUCGUAAGAGAAAACUUGAUAAGAAGUUGAAAUCUGUCAAAGCUUGGAGGAGAGUGUCAAAUGUUAUUUUUGUUGCCAGUUUCGUCUCUGUAUUGGUUUUUUCUGUGGUGGCAGCUGCUAUUGCUGCACCACCACUUGUAACAGCCUUGGCAGGAGCAUUGGCUGUUCCAAUAGGUUCAAUUGGAAAGUGGUUUAAUUUGCUCUGGAAUCGUUAUGAGAGGACACUGAAAGGGCAGAGGGAGAUAAUCAGCUCAAUGCAGAUUGGGACUUAUGUUACAAUGACGGACCUGGACAACAUCCGGGUGCUUGUUGACAAAUGGGAAAUUCAGAUUGAGUCACUGUUGCAGACUGCUGGUUUUGCUCUUAGAGAAGAGGACACUGUGAAGCUAGUGAUAGAUGAGAUCAAGAAAAAGCUGGAAAUGUUUGUGGAAACCAUUGAUAAUUUAAGCCAACAUGCUGAUAAGUGUAGCCGGAAUAUAAGGAGGGCGAGGACAGUAAUUUUGCAGAGAAUAAUUAGGCAUCCCAACAAAUGAGUAGCCUUUGGUCUGAUAUGUAUCGGACGGCCUAAUGGAUCCAACGGCUGAAGACAUACAAAGUAUGAAGUGUGGAAAAUGAAGGGGCUUGGUCAAGAGGCCGAGAAAGGCAUGCAUUCUUGAUAGGAAGAAAAUUGUUUCAUGAUUUUUGCUUCAGUUGUUUUUUAUCUGGUUUGUUGUAUGAAAUUUUUGGGGAUACUCAACUGUUAUAUGGUGAAUGAUGUAAAAACAUGAAAACGUGAAUGUAUUUCUUUAAUUACUAUC